CUAGUGUGUACUCGGCUUUACACUCAGGGUCAAUCUUUAUCUAUUGUAUUAUUCAGUCGGUUGUCACCAUCAUGUAUUUCGGACGUGUAUUGUUAUUCGUAUUUGCAUCGGUAUUGUUUAGUCAAGUGAGUGCGAAGAAGUUGGACUCUCGGUGUAAAUUAGUGAGGGAACUUUUAAGGAACGGAUUGCCCAGUGACAUAUUUCUUGGACAGUGGGUCUGCCUGGCAGAGAAGGUCAGUGACCGGGACACCGGCGCUCUGCACGUUACUCCCAGUGGCAAGAAGUACUAUGGACUCUUCCAGAUUCCGACCCCAUGGUGUAAAGAGGGGAGGGUGGGAGGAGAGUGCAACGUUGCUUGUGAAUCGUUGCUAGACGACGACAUCCGAGACGACGUGAAGUGCGCUGUGAAGAUCUUCCAGCGAGAGGGGUUCAAGUUCUGGACGCAGUGGACCGCGCGCUGCAAGAAUGACAACUUCAUCACGAAUGAGAUUUACAAAUGUCCAGACCUCUCUAUCUCCCCGCGGUCCAGUCCGGAGCGCACUCUGGUCAGCCAGGCGCUAUCAGCUCGGGCUAGACGGACUUUGAGGCAGCGACGGAGUCUAAUGGCUAAUACAUAGUGGAGUUUUAUCAGUUAUUGUUACUGAGUAGACGCUGAAAGUAGUUGCUGAAUAAUACCAUAAUAUACUCAAAAACAUCUGCGGCCGCUACACGGGUUCGUUAUCGACGUAGACAAACUCGUUUAGUGCGCAUUACAUAAAUUAAAGAGCCGUUUUUAUGGCGAAUCGCGAAAUAGUGACGUUUAUCUUUGGUUAUAACGAAGCCGUGUAGAGGCAGGUUAAUUUAAUGUGUUUUUGAACUUUUGAAGCUAUCUAUCUAUCUAUAUCGAGUUUGUUAUAAUAUUAUGGUACUUACCUGUUGUUUGGUUGUGAUAUUUUUUUAUUAAUGUCUGUUUUAAAUAAAUAGUUCUUGUAAUUUUACUGUA